AUGUGGGUCCAGAUCUUGCUCCUUCUCCCCAUGGCUUUUCUCCUGCCCCCCGGGGCUUGGGCUGGUGAGAUCAUCGGGGGUUGGGAAGCCAAGCCCCACUCCAGACCCUACAUGGCCCAUCUGAAAAUACAACGCAGAGGGAAGUCGUAUGUCUGCGGAGGGUUCCUGGUGUCAGAGAACUUCGUGCUGACGGCCGCUCACUGCAAUGGAGACAACAUCACUGUAUACCUGGGAGCCCAUAACAUUCAACAAUGGGAAUGGAGUCAACAGAAAAUCUCCGUGCGCCGCCAAAUCCCCCAUCCGCAAUACAAGAGAGAGACCCUUAACAAUGACAUCAUGCUGCUGCAGCUGGCAAAGAGAGCGAAGCUGAAGAGAGAGGUGGGUACCAUCGCCCUGCCCCGCGCCAACGAGAUUGUAAAGCCAGGGACUUGGUGCAGCGUCGCUGGCUGGGGCAGAACUAGCACAGAGAGUGAAUCGACCUCAGCCACGCUCCGGGAGGUGACUGUGAUGGUGAUGCUGGAUGCCAAGUGUCCGAAGGAUCCUUAUGGGCCAUAUGAUAACUAUAACCCCUCCACCAUGAUGUGUGUGGGGGACCCAGCACAGGGCAAAGACUCUUCAAAGGGCGAUUCUGGAGGCCCCCUGGUGUGUCGGAAAACAGCCCAGGGCAUCGUCUCCUGGGGGCCUCCCACCCCUCCUGGGGUGUACACGAGAGUCUCCACCUUCAUCCCCUGGAUACGGGCGACGAUGAGGAGGCUGCAGCCCUGA